GCAUUGGUCUUUCUCUCUGACCCGCCAUUGUCUUGCCACAUCAGCAGUGAUUUCGCGAACGUAUUAUUUCAACUUAUUCUGAUGAGUAUCCCAGAUGUAUGUCUACGCAAAGUUUGAUUCUGUGAAUUGGUGAAAACAGAGGCGGCUGAUUUCACAAAAUCAAAGAUUUAGCAGCCCAAAAUAUAUGCAGGACGCAAUAAUUCUCCAUAAAACCUUAGCGGAUUUGGAUCUUGAAAUAACAAAGGCUGGGAGAAUGAAGUGUCCACCUGCUAAAUUUUGUCUGUCUGCAUCUGAAUUAAGCAGCAGUGAGGUAGAGAUCACAGCCACCGCUACAACUUCGUAUCAAAACAGAGAUAUGUCUAGUAUACUGCAAAAAAACUGGAAAGUCAUCCUUACAACAAGACUACAGGUUGACUACUAAGCUUCUGCUUACUACUACUAAACGCGCGAGAAUGUCUUAAGGGUGGAAAGAGAGAAAAAAUACCGAACCGAAUCAAUGCGUUUGGCGCCACUAUGAUGUACAACUAUACCGGCAGGCCUUAAGGUCAGAGAACUUACAUCUGGUCAAGAAAAGAGUGUAUGCAAAGAGCAAAAUUGUUUAAAAGUCGAUUUAAAAUUAAAAUAAAUAAUCAAUCACAUUCAAUCGUAAUGUCAGAUCCGAUUCGUCAAGUGUAUAAUUCGUGGAAGUCUCCAUCAUCGAAAAAGAGAAAGCCUAGAUCAACAAAUUACCGUCAUGAGAAAAAAAAAAGAGAAGAUAUAGUACGUGCUGUCUGUGGUGACACAAGUGACGAUGAAUUUGAAAAUUCUGGGGAUUCAAGUUUGAACAAUUUGAAUGCACUAGACAAUGCACUUUUCGAAGAAAAUGAACUUGAACAAGCCGACGAAGUGAAAGAAGUGGGAAACGCAGAGUUUCACAAUAACUUGAAUCAAGUUGAUAACAAUUUUUUUGCUCAAAAUGAUCAAAUCGAUAACAGUUUUUUUGCUCAAAAUGAUCAAAUCGAUGACAGUUUCUUUGCUCAAAAUAAUGAUUGGGUGAAUAUUGAUCAAGCAGACAUCAGGAGUGAAUACGAUAGUGGAGAAGAAGUGGACGUUAGCGAUUACGAAAAUAUACGGUCAGAAAAAAAAAUGUUGAACAAAAAAUUGUUUCUCAAUGAACGAAUACGUAAAAAAACAAAUACUAGUAAUGGAGAAAUAAUUUUGAUGUGUAUGUUAUUAGCGAUUCGUCACUCUUUCACUUGGGCAGCAUUAUUGGAUGUCAUGGAUUUGAUAAAUAAACUUUUUGAUGAAGAUAUAAUUAAAAUGAGUAAAUUCAAGCUUAUGCAAUUUUUCCCUGGGCGCAAGGACUGGUAUGUUUACCAUGUGUACUGUCCUAAUUGCAAGCAAUAUAUAGGUAAUCGUGACGAAUUGUCAACAGUGGUUGCUUGUGUUUCUUGUAAAGUCACACAAAUAGAUCCAAAAAAGUGUCCAUACUUUUUAACACUGAAUAUUAAAAGUCAGAUACAAGAAUUACUAAAUAAUCCUCUAAUACAACCUCAUUUAAGUUAUCGUGAAACCCGAUGUAAAAAGACCGAGGAUAAUAUUGAAGAUGUCUUAGAUGGAGAUCUAUAUAAAAGACUUUCUGCGCCAAACAAUAUAUUACAUGACAAAUUAAAUUUUUCGUACAUUUUUAAUACAGAUGGUUGUAAAGCUAGCGAUUCGAGCCCUGUAAGCGUGUGGCCAGUAUUUUUAAAAAUUAAUGAAUUACCACCUGCAAUAAGAGAUAAUUUCAUUAUUUUAGUAGGGCUGUGGGUGAAUGAAGUAAAACCCACUAUGAAUACAUUUUUACCACCAUUAAUUAAUGUAAUGAAUAGUUUAUCAUCUGAAGGAGUUGAAUGGAACAGAAAUGGCAAAAUCGUUAAGUCCAAAAUAAUACCGUUUGGUUGCUGCGUUGACUCGCCAUGUCGAUGUAGUCUGUUAAACAUGAAACAAUUUAACGGAAAUUAUGGCUGUACAUUCUGUUAUCACCCAAGUGAACAAGUAGAUGGUGUUCGAAAAUAUCCGCUGAAUGGGAAGUUUUAUCCGCUUCGCAGCCAUGAAAAUAUCAUCCAAGAUAUGCUUUCCACGCGUAUACGCGAUGAACGAACAGGAAAAGUAAAAAUACAAGAAGUGACUGGAGUUAAAGGACCAUCCGCUCUAAUGAAUUUGAAAUACUUUGAUCUUGCUGAUGGCAUGUCCCCUGAUAGUAUGCACGCAGUUUAUCUUGGGGUAUCGAAACAAAUCACAGAAAUAAUUCUAAGCUCAUCUAAGGAACCUUAUUAUGUGGGAUCUCCAAAUCAGUUAGCAGCAAUUGAUCACCGACUUCUUUCCAUCAAAACACCAAAAUGUAUUACAAGAACAGUAAGAUCUGUACAAAAACGAAGCUUGUGGAAAGCAUCUGAGUGGCGAUCAUGGUUGCUUUAUUAUUGCUUACCUUGUUUGUCAGGAAUUCUCUCUCCUAAAUAUUUCAUUAUAAUAUCAAAAGUGGUCAGCGGUAUUGAAAUUUUGCAAAGAGAUUCUAUUGGUUAUGAUGAUGUUAAAUUUGCAAAUAAAUUAUUGGUAGAAUUUAUUAUAGAAUUUGAGAAAGAGUUUGGAAAACAUAAUAUAACGUACAAUGUACAUCUUUUAUUGCACAUCGCAAGGAGUGUUCAAAAUAUGGGCCCAUUGCAAGUACAAAAUGCAUUUUGCUUUGAAAAUGAAAAUCGAUUACUACUACAUUUAAAAAAAAGCCCAACAGAAAUUGCAGUUCAAAUUUCGAAUCGUUAUUUUGUUUACAGAUCAAUACCUUUUUUUUCUACAUUAUUUCCAAUUGGCACAAGAGUAAUAGAAUUCACAGACAAUUUUGAAACUCGAAUAAAAAAUUGUGCAAGGGUAGAUUCUGCAGUAGUAAUCGGUGUGGGAAAACCUUAUACUCUCAAUGAGUCUGAACAGAAACUUUUCUUCAAUUUCAAUAGUAGUUAUUUGAGUUACCACAAAUUAAUUUAUAAACAUCGUAGGUAUACUACAAAGGCUUAUGCAGAAAAACUAAAAAUAAAUGACUCUUUUAUUGAAUUACAAUCUGGUUGUAAGGGAGUAAUUACAAAUAUAGUCGUCAGAGAUGGAUUUAUGGAAAAAGAUAUUUACGUAUUCUAUCAUCCAAUUGUAAUACUUAAUAGUAACUCUUUUGAUGUGUCACAUAUAAAACACAUUCAAGAAUGUACAAUUGAAUCUAAUACUUUACUCGUUUGUAAGCCUACAAAUAUUAAAAAUUCAUGCAUUUUCAUAGAAAUUAAUAAAAAACAGUACAUAAGUUCCAUUAUACAAGGAACUCUCGGAGACUAAAAAUAACGUUAAUGAGCCGUAGAUUUUAAGACAUUAAUAAAGUAUAUCAAAACUUCUUCAAAAAAUUGUUUUAUUUGGCGAACCUAAUUUUAUAUUUCUCACAUUCACGCAAUUCAAUCGUAAUUGUCCAAUUAAUCAGACAGUUUAUUUUAAACGUCUGAAAAUACUAUUAUUUGUAAAUUGUAAAUUGAUCAAUAUGAUCACUCAAUAAUCAAUGAAAAAACAUGCUCAAUAAUAUCA